GAUACGUGGAAAUAAAAAAUGGGCAAAGAUUAUUAUAAGACGUUGGGUAUCUCUAAAGGAGCCACGGAUGAGGAUAUAAAGAAAGCUUACAGAAAACAAGCGUUGAAAUGGCACCCCGACAAGAACAAGUCUGCAGCCGCCGAGGAGAAAUUUAAGGAAAUUGCUGAGGCAUACGAAGUCCUCAGUGAUCCGAAGAAAAGAGAAGUUUAUGAUCAAUAUGGAGAAGAAGGUCUCAAGGGAGGAAGUGUUCCCAGUGGUGACGGGCCAGGCAACACCUUCACCUACACCUUCCACGGGGACCCUCACGCCACCUUCGCCACUUUCUUCGGGGGUUCGAACCCCUUCGACAUGUUCUUCGGCCGCAAAUCCAACGGCCGAGACGACGACGACAUGGAGGUGGACGGAAACGACCCCUUCGGCUCCUUCACCAACUUCAACAUGAACGGAUUCCCUCGGGACGGGCACGUCGGCCCCGGAGGGCAGCAGCGCCGGAAGCAGGACCCGGCCAUCAUCCACGAACUGAGGGUCACCCUGGAGGAGGUUUUCCACGGCUGCACCAAGAGGAUGAAGAUCUCACGCAAAAGGCUAAAUCCAGAGGGCAGGACCAUGCGCAAUGAGGAUAAGAUACUGGCUAUCGAGAUCAAGCGGGGCUGGAAAGAGGGAACCAAGAUCACGUUCCCGCGGGAGGGAGACGAGUCCCCCAACACCAUUCCUGCGGACAUUGUUUUCAUCAUCAAGGACAAGCCACACCCCCACUUUAGGCGGGAGGGCUCGAACAUUGUGUAUCCUGUACGCGUGAGCUUACGACAGUCGUUGUGCGGAUGCUCGGUUACCGUGUCAACGAUAGACGGGCAGACUUGCAACAUGAAGAUCACGGAUGUCAUCAAGCCCGGCAUGAGAAAGACUGUCGCAGGACAGGGUCUCCCCUUACCCAAAAACCCAGAGCAGAGAGGAGACCUGGUGGUGGAGUUUGACGUUAACUUUCCCGAGGUGUUGCCCGGCAACGCCAAGGACGUCCUGAAACGGCAUUUACCUGCUUAG